GACAGACACACAGACCCAGGGCCACGCAGGCUCCGGGGCUGCUCGGCUCCGCUGCCCCCCGCCAGAGGCCGAGCCCUGGGGCAGCGAGUGCCCAUGGGAAGCCAUGCCAUGCCAGGGGGGCACCGUGCUGCUGGCCCUGGCAGCGCUGCUGGCUGUGGGGCAGGACUAUGUCCUCAGCUGGUGGCCGGAGCAGCCCCCGAGCGGGCAUGCCUAUGGCAAGCCGCCACAGUGCGUGGACAUCCCGCCCGACCUGCCGCUUUGCCACGACGUGGGCUACAACCGCAUGCGGCUGCCCAACCUGCUGGAGCACGACUCCCUGGCCGAGGUGAAGCAGCAGGCGGGCACCUGGGUGCCCCUGCUCACCAAGCGGUGCCACAGCGACACCCAGCUCUUCCUGUGCUCACUCUUUGCACCCGUCUGCCUGGACCAGCCCGUCUACCCCUGCCACUCACUCUGCCAGGUGGUGCGGGCCUCCUGCGCCCCCCUCAUGGAGGCCUUUGGCUUCCCCUGGCCCAACAUGCUGCGCUGCGCCCGCUUCCCCCCUGACCACCAGCUCUGCAUCGCCAUGCAGUUCAGGAGCAGCCAGGCCACCCCACCGCCAGGUAACAGGGGGGGACAGGCCACCCUGUCCCAGCCCGACACCCGGCGCCUGGUGCUGCACAUGCGGGACGCGGCCACCUGCCCCUGCCCGCAGCUGGCCGACCUGCGCCGCCCCUUCCUGGUGCUGGGCCGCAAGGAGGGCGGGCUGCUGCUGGGGGCUGUGUACCGCUGGGAGCGCAGCAACCGGGAGAUGCGCUUCGCCCUCAAGUUCACGUUCUCUUACCCCUGCCCCCCGCGCUACGCCCUGCUCCCCGGGGCCGAGCAGCCCUCGGGCCCCCCGCCUGCCGGGCACCCCCAUAACCCCUCUACUAGGCACCUCUGGGACUCCCUCCGGUCCUCCCCUCACCUACCGGGCACCCUCCUAACCCUUCCGCACUAG